GGACACUUCCGGUCAGCAUUAUGAAGCCCUUGCUGCUCCUGUUUGCAGUGCUCCUCUGCAUGCUGCUGCUGCCUGCCCUGGGCGGGAAUAAGAAGAAGAAGUACUCUCAAGGAGAGCUGUUACUUGAGGAGUGCUGGGGACAGCCAAAAGCUAAUGAUUGUACCAAGAGGUGUUCUAGAACUUUCAAAUGUGUGUACAGAAAUCACACAUGCUGCUGGACCUACUGUGGUAACAUCUGUGCAGAAAUUGGGAAGUUUUUUGAAAGAAAGAAGUGAGCUUGCCUUGUCACUGGCCCAGCCUGGUGUGAGCUCCAGACGGCAGUUAGAGACUUCAGAGCCAGGCUGCAUCGUUACUUUUAGAAACAUUGUGUUUAUUGGUGGGUAAAAGGCAAUGUACUUGAAAAAUAAACCACUUGCCAACA